UCCCCUUACAAAUAAAUUUGUUAUGAAAAAUAAACCCAUUUGUUAUGAAAGAUAAAUUAAUUUGGCAAAUAUGUAAUUUUGCGAAUUUAGACAAAUAGUUUUAUGGUUUUUAGGAAUUAUUUUUUAGAAAAUAAAAAUAUUAUGAUUAAAACUGUCUGUAAUGGAAACUAAGAAAACAAAUAAGAGUCCAGAAAAAUCGAAAGGUCAGGCAAGAGCGCCACCAUCUGUGAGCCAGCGGCCAUGCAAGGAGCAUUCCUUCCUGACAGACGUGGCGGACGUGAGAGUGAUGGAGCAGGGACUGCUACAGCUGUUGGAGGACUUCCACUCAGGCAAGAUCCAAGCCUUCGGAGGCACAAACAUGUUUGAGAAGAUGAAUGAGAUCAGAGAGAAGCAGGAGAGGCUGGCCCAGCUGCACUUUGAGCAGGACCUGCAGCAGGACCGCAGGAGUGAAAAGGGUUUCAAAGACAGGAUGGCAUCAGAGGAGGCCAGAGUAAGGCAUUAUGAAAACAUCAGCCAGAUGAUAGGAAAGUUACAGGAUCUAAGUUCAUCAAUUCAGCAAGUGCAGAGAAAUCAUGGCUAUGAAAGUCAAAGAAGAAAAUGAACAACACGUCGGGGGAAGAAUAUGGAUCAUGGUAUUCUGUGUUGGACUGUACAUCAACGUUUAAGCACUGAUGAUCGGCGUGAUAUUGUGAUUGCACCAUACUUUUUUCCAACAAAUUGACUAGAUUUGCCCGUUAAGGGGUUUCUAAAGGUAUUUUCGGUUGGUCAUGCACGAUUGCUACCUAACUAUUUGAUUAUUAUGUAGGACAUUUCACAAAGAAUAUGCUGAAAUAUGCAAAUGUGUUUUGUGAAUUUACUCUUCUACAUGUAUUAUCAAUUAUUUUGUAUUGUUAACUAGUUAUUCAAUUCAAUGCAAAUGUGUUUUGCGUAUUUACUCUACUAUAUGAAUUUUAAAUUAUUUUGUAUUGUUAACUAGUUAUUCAAUUCAAUUAAUGAAUUGUUUGUACAUAUAUAUGCGGUUUAUUGUGUUCUCGUAGUAUUAAAUUUAAAAUACAUGGGAUAAACAGCAACAAACCAGUAUUUAUUAAUCAUUUUAAUUAAUGAACAUGUGUGGACUAUCUAUGAUGUUGAUAUUUAUCUGACAUUUAUAGUGAAAUAGGUUGUUUGCUUCCUAGUUUCAAGUGUCGGUAACCAUAAAUUAAUUAUUUUCUUACACAUUUAAACUCAAUACAAAUGUUUGAGUUUUCUGUUAACAUAUAUCAACUGCGUUUGCAAUUUUGUUAAAAUUAAUUAUAUUUGGUAAAGAAUUCCUCAAAAUAUUAUGAAGAUUAGGUUAUUCAAAUCUUGUUUACAUGUACAUACUGUUUGCAUGAUAUAAAAUGUAGUAAACUAACUUUUAGUUGUUAAACAUAAAUAUAAGACAUAGCAAAACAAGUCCUAACUAUGUUUUGCAAGCCACAUAAUACAAUACACAAUAUACAAUACACAUACAUGGAUUUUGACAGCAUUUAGCAAAUAUUAUUAAAUAAUAACACAAUUUCACGCAUCAUCUGAAAACCAGAAGGUAAAAAAAAAUUUUUUGGGGACCUUAAAUGAUAUCUUAACACUGUUAAAUAGAGAAUGUGCAGAGCUUGAUCUCACUAGUUGUCUUUUUCCGAAAUGUGUAACAUUAGAUUGAUAAUAGGAUUUGUAACUGCAGAACUAUUCCUUUAUUUUAAACAUUUAUACUGACAUUAAUGCUUCAAUAACAUUGUACAACAUAUUUAUAGAAAAUAAAAGAGAGGACAAGCAAAU